AUACUGAAAACAAUGUGCGUAUCGCGUGCGCAAGUUAAAUUUCAAGGAAAACAAAAUUAUUCUAUGAAAUAAUAGCUGUAACAGCAAUAUUAUUUUAUAAAUACAUGUCUUCUAUUAUUUAAUGAGCAUAAGUUUUAUGAAAACCUUAAUAAACGUGUACGUUAACGUAACUUUACAAAAAUGACUGAAGAUGAUAAUAACGUGGACCCCGAAAGUAAUACAAAAUAUAAAGAUGGAGUUAACCAAAAUGCCCGUUUAAUAGUGAGAAAUAUAUCGUUUAAAGCUACCGAUGAGAAUGUCAGGGAAUAUUUUUCACAAUACGGCACCGUAGAAGAGGUUAAAUUAUUAAAAAAGCCCGAUGGAAGGCUUGUUGGGUGUGCUUUUGUGCACUACACUCAUGUUCCUAUGGCCAAUAAAGCUUUAGCUGCAACAAAUAAGAAAGCAUUUCUUGGUCGGCCAAUAUAUGUUUCUUGGGCGGUGCCACAACGUAAAUAUAAUGAAGAAAUUCAGAGUAAUGGUCCAAAGAAAUUUAACAAUGCAACAGAUGACUCUAAAUCAGAUAUUAAAGAUGAAAACACGGAUGAGAAACCAAUGUCAAAAGAAGAAAAGGACAAGACAAGAUUUAAUCGUAGAGCUCGUCUUAUAGUUCGUAAUAUAUCUUUUAAAGCGACAGAGGAGUCGCUAAAAGAGCAUUUUGAUCCAUAUGGUGUGGUUCAAGAAGUUAAAUUAUUGAAGAAACCUGAUGGAAAACUUGUCGGGUGUGCAUUUGUACAUUUUAAAAAUGUUCCAAUGGCUACAGAAGCAAUAUCAAAAACAAAUAUGAAACCAUUCUUGGGUCGACCAAUAUCGGUCGAUUGGGCGAUAGCAAAAGAUAAAUAUAUGCAGCAUGUUGUCAACAAGCAGGUGGAAAUGCAAGACAAUGUGAAGAAAGAGGAGUCGGAUAGUGAUGAUGAUGACAAUAAAAUGAAUGUUUCCACUGAAGAUGUAAAACAGGAAAUUAAAGAUGAAUCGGAUGAUGAUGAAUCUGAUUCAGAAAAUGAAGUAAAGUCUGAAGAUGAAGAAGAUGACGAAGAUGAUGAAAAUGAAGAUGAAGAUGAUGAGUCAGAGGACGAUGAAGAUGCCGAUAAAGAGGUAGACGAUGAUGGUGAAGAUGAUAAUAAAAGUGUAACAAGCACUCAGCCUGAAUUUCAAAGGAUAAAACUAAAUGAUGCCGAGGACGGCUGUACGGUGUUUCUCACGAACAUACCAUUCAGCGUGGACAAUGAUGAGCUACGAACCUUUGCCGAGAAGACUGGUCCAGUGAAAUACGCUCUUAUCUGCGUCGAUAAGAUGACUGAACAUUCUAAAGGUUCUGGAUUUGUUAAAUUUACCAACAAAGAGGACGCAGAACGCUUCCUAUCUCUAGAUGCUUCCGAGCUACGGCUGGAGGGACAGGCGAUGCAAGUAAGGCCUGCGCUAAAACGAGACAACCUCAGCACGGGGAACAAGAAGCAACCCAAGGACAACCGUAACUUGUACUUGGUUAAGGAAGGAGUGGUCGUGGCGGGCACGAAGGCGGCCGUGGGCGUGUCCGCGUCGGACAUGGCGAAGCGACUCGCCCUCGAGCGCAGUAAGACCCAGAUGUUAAAGAAUUUAAACAGAUUCGUGUCGCGCUACCGGCUGGUGGUGUCGAACCUGCCGAGCUCGUGCGACGACGCGCGCCUGCGCCGCACGUGCGCCCGCGCCGCGCCGCGCGCCACCAUCACCGAGGCGCGCGUCAUGCGCGACCUGCGCGCGCCGCUGCAGCGCGACGGCCACCAUCCAUCUAAAGGAUAUGGCUUCGUGAUGUUCAUGCGACACGAGGACGCAUUAGCGUGUCUGCGGAAACUCAACAACAAUCCUGAUAUUUUCGACAAGAAUAAUAGGCCAAUAGUAUCAUUCUCAAUAGAGGACCGUACAGCUUUAAACGCAAGAAAAAAGAGAUUAGAAAAAUCCAUAGCGAAUAAUCCCGUAGCAAAGAAAGACAAUCAAGAUAACGAUCAAAGCAAAGACAGACGUAGGGGGAAGAAGCGAAAACAAAACACACCAGACGAGAGCUACAUGAAGAAGAGAAAAUUCGAGCAAAAUAAUGGUCAGAGACAAGAAGUCGGGAGAUUCGUGCAAAGACACGGACAAGAUAAUACGGAAGAUUACUCAGGAUUGACAGCCAAAGAAGGAAGUCAGCACAAAAUGCGGAGUAAUCAUAAACUUAGAACACAAGCGGACUUACAUAGACAGAACGUCAAGGUAGAGAAGAAGAAGAGCCAGCGGGCGAUGAGGCUGAAGAAAAUGGCCCGCGAACGGAUAAAACAACCAAAACAAAAGGUUAACAAAAAUAAAACAGGAAAAAGAAAUAAGAAGAGAAACUCUGACCGUAGUUUCAUUUAAAUGUUUAUUUUUGUUAGGAAAAUAUAUUUAAUACCAUUU